CUGCCUGGCUGCCGCUGAAGGGCAUGGCGGUGAGGCUGGCUCCUGGCCCCCCGGGGAGCAAGAGCGGUGGUUGUCCUCACAGGCCGGAGAGGCGCUGAGUGGAGGAGAAGCUUUUUCCCUGGAGGCUCUGGAGGGCAGCGCCCACCACCUUGCUCCUGGCGUCCCGCGGAGGGAGGCUCUCCCGGCAAGGAAGCACAAAGCAGAGUGGAGUUUCUGGUCCGUCCGGUUCCUGAGGUGAUUGCACCUGCCGUGGCCCCGCAUCCGGGAGCGAGCAGACCUGCCUGGCACGACAGAGUCUCUUCCACGGCCAGCAAGACGGGCCGCCAGCCCUUGGGGGGGGGGGGGGAGGAGGAAGCUCCCUGCCACUCACUGUGAGCUCUGUGUGCGUGGGGGGAGGGGGCUGCAGUGACCCCUCAGCACUGGGCCAGUGAAGAGGCCAUGGAAGCGGGGCUGUGGCCGGGAAGCCCUCCCUCCCGGCACUGUGACCUGCACCCCGGCCUCCACAUCCCACCAGCCUUCCAACCAAGACCCUCCUUGGAGGCCGUCCAAGGAGUCGCCUUCAGGCCGCACGCUCCAGAUUCCGGACGGGAUCCUCCGCCUUCGGUGGCUCGUGGGACCUCAACGGCCUCCUCAGCCACCACCUUCAAGGCGUCUUGGGGGAUGGGCCAAAAGAGAGUGGCCCUGAUCCUCUGCCUCCUGGUCCUCAUCGUCCUGAUCUUGGCCCUCAUCCUGCUGUUCUUGUUCUGGAGGUCGAGCACGGGCAUCGUGUACAAGGAGCCGGAGGAGAGCUGCAGGGGCCAGGCGGUGCGCUGCGACGGCAUCGACGACUGUUCCCAGCGGAGCGACGAACUGGACUGCGGUGACCGGGGGGGGGGGCGGCUCCUGUGUUUCACCUGCAGCACCUCCCAGACGGAGUACGUGCCCCUGCGCUUCUCGGGGAAGAGCCUCGUGGUCGCCGGCCUGCACAAGACCCUCCAGCAGAGUCUCAACAGCUCCCAGUGCCCCACUGGAAAGUACGUUGCCCUCCGAUGCACCCGCUGUGGGCAACGGAUGUCUGGCCGCAUCGUCGGAGGCACCGAAACAUCAGCCGGCAAGUGGCCCUGGCAAGUGAGCCUCCAGUAUGGAUCGACCCACAUCUGUGGAGGCACCAUCAUCGACCCCCUGUGGGUGCUCACGGCUGCCCACUGCUUCUUCAUGAACAGUGAGAAGAUCCUGGACGAAUGGAAGGUGUUCGCGGGGGCCUCUGACCUCAGCCACCUGGCCGAGGGCAUCCCGGUCUCCCACGUCAUCAUCAACUCCAACUACAGCGAUGACCACGACGACUACGACAUCGCCCUGAUGAAGCUGUCGAGGCCCCUCACCCUCUCAGCCCAGGUCCGCCCCGCCUGUCUCCCCAUGUCUGGCCAGAAGUUCCUUCCCGGGAGGACAUGUUCCAUCACGGGCUUUGGCAAGAUCAACGAGAGUGAUGAGAACACCUCCCCGAAGCUGCGGGAAGCAGAGGUGAAGAUCAUCGACUACAAGCUCUGCAACAGCCAGAAUGUCUACGAGGGCUACCUGACCCCCCGGAUGAUGUGUGCGGGGUACUUGCAAGGCGGGCGAGAUGCCUGCCAGGGUGACAGCGGCGGCCCUUUGGUCUGCCAGGAGAGCAACCGCUGGUACGUGGCCGGCGUCACAAGCUGGGGGACGGGCUGCGGCCAGAGGAACAAGCCAGGGGUCUACACGCGGGUCACAAAGCUGCUCAGUUGGAUCCACAGCAAAAUGGAGAGCCAGAGCAACUGACCAGAGGGAGACGGCUCCCCCCUGCUCGCCUUGCUGCUCUGCUCCCGGAGGAGGGCGCUCGUGCUGCCGUCCCCCCCUGCCCUGGGGGAAUGAGGGGGCUGCCCCGGCAGAGACCGAGCCGUGUGGCCCAGAAGGGUCCACUGCGCCGGUGGCCGCUGGCUUUCCAUGUUUGGACUGUGCCUCCGGAGAGCGAGCCCAGAGCUCAGCAUUCAGGAUGGAUGCUCCACUGGGGAGAGAGACGCCCCUCAUCCUUCACAGCGAAGACCUGGCCGGCCUCUUUGGGCCAGACUGCACUACUGGCCAAAGGGAAGAGGAGCGCCUCUGCCUUCCAGGCCACCUCCGUGUGUCACCGCGACAGGGACGGCGGGCCCCGCCUUGGGAGCUGCAAAGCCUCCAGCCACUGGGGCAGUGCGCUGCAGGGGCUCUCCGGCAGCCCCCUCACCAUUCCGCAGGGACAUCCAAGGGACAUCGGUGCCCCACCAAGGGAACUGGGGCCGUUUGCAUCUGUGACCCCACAUGGGCCAAGGACGGGCUUUGGAAGGUGCUGAGACUGAGCGCCGCUUGCGGAAUUCAGCCUCCAAGGAGCCGCUCUGCCUUUGUGCCUCAUAUCCUCCUCCUCAGGGUGGGCGGCCUCCCUCCAUUGACCUCCUCCUUCUGCAUAAGGCUGGUGAGGCCGCCGACUUUAACCUCAGGGCCGGACUCCAGGGGCAUCUCUCACCAAAAACGGACAGCAAGUCACGUGGCUGCCACGGAACUAUGUGGAGGAGGAGGAGGCGGCGGCAGAGGCAUGAAUGCUGGUGGGAAACUCUUUGGCACCAGACGUCCCAGCAGCCGGGGGGGGGGGAGACUCCUCAGUUUCCCGGAGGAUGGGGCUGAAUCUGGUCCAGGCCCGUACUUAGUGAACUGUAUUAAAUUAUUUCAAUAUGACAA